AUGUCAGGAAAAAUAGAAGAAAGUGACAACGAGCUUUUCGAGGUUCUAUCCAAUUACGGAGACCUCAGUAUUGAAGAUACGGACGACGAUUCCACUACAGAGGAAGACCUUUCGGAAACAAGCGAAGAUCGCAGGUUUGUGGCAUCAGAGAGCGAUGAUGCCACGUAUUCAGACGAAGAGUCGCUAGGAUCUAGUCUCCCCUGCAUCCACCACGCCAUGGAUGGUCACGAGACAUCGAGCACCGUCGGCAAAAAGAUACCGAUUAGCGCCAUUGCCUCUCGGUUGAUCUCCGAAGAUGGGAUUUCAACGAUACAGUAUUUGGUAUUGUGGCAAUCAUGGGAGCAGGAGAUACCGCUUGAGCAUGAUGUGAGCGAGGAUGUGUCUUUUUCGCCCAGGUCGUGUAUCUAA